AUGAACAUAAGUAGGAAUGUGUUGAGUGAAACAAGACUUUCAACUCAGAAUUUCUUUUGUGACAGAAGGAUAAAUAUCGUAACCAGAGUUAGAUCAUUCACAAAAAGAAUCAGACACCACUGUAAAAUAUACAAUAACGUAACAUAUAUAACCAAUAAUGAACCGGAUAAAUUGACCAUCAACAAGCUUCAAAACGAUACUAUUGACUACUACGGAACUAGUAGAUGCCUCAUCGAAGAAUUGGUACAUAAAUGUUCAUUUUUGUCAAAUCAUGAUUUGGUGUUAACGUUACACUGCCUAACAAGCAUUAAAAAACCACUCAUUAAAGUGUGUUCAAACAAAGGCAUUUUUUCUCAAGACGGUUGCACAACAGAUGAAAGUCAGAAGAUAAUUAGUAAAUUACUGUACAAGUGUAAAAAAACAAUACUGAAGCAUCUAAUAGAAUCAGAUGCAAACAAAACGCUGACCGCAAUUCAAAGAUAUUAUUUAGUCAUAGCACUUCAGAAGGAGUGUGAUCUGGUCACAUUUAAAGAUUGGCUGCAACUUUACGAGAACAUAAGUUACACACUAAAGUCGAAUUUAGUUAAUAGUUACAAAACAAACGAAAUCGCAAAUUUACUCUUGAUAUACGAUCAAAUAUCAAGAUAUUCACACAAAAGGCAUAAAGCCAACGACAAGAAGUUUAACAAUAUAAAUCAUAGCACAAUUAAAGGAGAACACGGAUCUCAAGAAGGGAAUUUAAAGAAAAUUACAACAGCAAUUGAGAGUUUAAAGGAGAGAAGGAAGUAUGACCCAUUUCAAUUGGACUUUGUAAAUAUAUGUAUACACAAAGUGGAAAAGUGCUUAGAGGAACUGAAGCCAGAAAAGAUAAUAAAGGUGUUGUACCUAAUCAGCACAAGGGAACACUACGAUAACAAUUUUUUUCAAAACACGAUAAUUCACCUUGAGUCGAACAAAAUACUGAAAGUAUUAAAAAUUAAACAAGUUAUGAGUCUGUUAAACACAUAUUCAAGAGUCUACAAAGAACAAGCGUUUAGAUAUAUUGAGAAUUAUAUUCAUGAUAACAAUUCAUCACUCGAACAGCUGAUUCACUCAGGAGAGGUAGAUAAAUUAGACAAAACAUGGCACUUAAAUCAUAAUAAAGAGGAUAAAUUGGAAAAAUACACAGGUUAUUUUAAUGAAAUAGAUGAACAUCGAAGAAAACUUGAUAAAGUUGAAAGUUUGGCAGUAUGUGCAAAGAUAUUGAUCAUGGAGUGUGUAGGGAGAAUCUCAGAUAUUGAUCCAGAAAUAUUUAGUAAUAUUAAAGGGUUUCCAGACAAAAUAAGUGAAAAAUUUGAAAAAGAACACGAAUGGAAGGAUAUUAUAGAACUCUUAGGGAGAAGAUUAGUAGAUAUCCACGAUUCACCCACACACGGUGAAACAGAAAGUAACACGGCAGAAAAGGCAUUAGAUAACAUAAAUGAGCUCAUUAAAAUAAGCCAACUGUUAUUAAAACUGUUUAAAACACACCGAAAUAACGAUAGAAUUAAAACGUUUCAAUUUUCUUUAGAGUUUUUCACCGCAGUCAACUUGCAUCUAUCAAAUGUAAAAACACUUGAAAAUGUAGCCAUAGACCCACCUUUAUUAGAUAAAAGUAGAAUAAAACAAUUAAAUAGUAAGGAAUCCACCGAUUAUAGCUGUAUUCAAGACGAUUUUAGUAAAAAUGUUAGUGUGUAA